AAAUCACGAUAUUGUCGUUACCAAAUGCGCGGGGGCCUAACGUGAAGCCGCCCGUGGCCUUCCAACGAUGCCUUCAUUAGCGACAGUCCCUCGUCGCCGACAACGAAGCGAAGAAGAGGAGAGCGACGACUCGUCAAGCUCAACUGGCAACCCCACGCCCGCGUCGAACAGCAGUAAACGGAUCCGUCUGGAAGCCAGCCAAAGCAGUGACGGUGGGGAAGACACAGAAGGUACUUCUAGUGGGGCAAGUGAUGAGGAGGAGGAAGAGGAGAAAGAUGGCGAUAAUGUGAACGGGGCUUCGAAGCGAUCCAAGAUCGCGAAACCCCGCAGCCCGCAACACACGCAAAAUGGAGAUCAGCACAAUGGAGCAGCAGCAGUGCAGGAAGGAUAUAAACCCGGUGCUAUUGUGCGCAUCAAGGUCACUGAUUUCGUAACUUAUACGUCUGCGGAAUUCUUUCCCGGUCCGAAAUUGAAUAUGGUGAUUGGGCCGAAUGGAACGGGGAAGAGUACGCUUGUUUGUGCGAUAUGUUUGGGUCUGGGAUGGGGGCCUGCGGUAUAGUAUACCAUUGUCCUUUGAUUCAUGCUAGAAUUGAUACUGGGUGAAUAUGGAAAGAGCUGUACUGAUAUGAAGUCUUGUAUUCUAGCACUUGGGACGGGCCAAGGACCCCGGCGAAUUCGUGAAGCACGGUUGCAGGGAGGCUACAAUUGAGAUCGAGCUCGCAGGAGGACCCCGUUUUCGUCGAAACCCGGUCGUGACUCGGACG